AUGUCUGACCUCCUCUACCACGUCAAGCGCACCAUUACCAACUUCGCCGAUGACAAGUCAGGAGCCACCCGUGUCGUCGAUGUUCUGGGCACCUUCACUGACCUGGCCGCUGCAAAGCUAGCAGCCAACGCCGGUCUUGCCUCGGAGGGCUAUGUCAAGGACGACUUCGAAGUCUAUGAGCAAAAAUCCGAGACUGCCUUCCAGAAGUGGAAGCAUGCUGAUGAGGUCACCGUCUUCGCUCGGGCCCCAGCUGGCCAAGAGUUUGAGGUCUGCCUGGAUACGAAGCCCAACACUGGUUUCGAGGGUAACGUUAAUGGUGAGGUUGAGGGUCACCUCCACUAUGUCCUCCAAACCACCAUUGACUACAACAACGACCGCAUCGGCGGCAUCCAGACCACCGAAGUCGAAGGUACCUAUCCGACCCGCGCCCAAGCCUUCGAGGCCGCCAAGACCAUCCUCCUCGACAACGAGGUCAAGAAGUCCGAUUUCGCAGAGUACGACGCCAAGGAUGAGUUCGAAGGCGAGUGGCCUUACGGCGACGAGUGCCUGGUCCACGCCGUCGGUCAGACCGGCGAGAACUUCAAGGUCUUGGUCAAGGCUCAACCCCACUCCCACAAGCUGCAUGCGUGCAAGCACCACGAGGGCAAGAAGUGCGAGUGCGAGUGCCAGCAUGGCGAUGCGGCUUGCAAGGCGAAGCAGUGCAAGCAUGAUGACUGCGAAUGCAGCAGCAAGUCUCGUUAA